AUGAGGGGAGUUGAUGUUUAUCUCGACAUAUGCUUUUCAUGUUUAUGCCCAGAAACAACUGUGAAAGCAAUUGAAGAUGCAUUCAAGGAGUUCACCACAAAGGAGGACAUUGCAAUAGUCUUGAUCAGCCAAUAUGUUGCAAACAUGAUAAGGUUCCUAGUUGAUAGCUACAACAAACCAGUUCCAGCAAUUUUGGAGAUUCCUUCAAAGGAUCAUCCUUGUGACCCUGCUCACGAUUCUGUUCUUUCACGAGUGAAGUAUCUGUUCUCUUCUGAGUCCAUUGCAUCCGGAAGGCAUCGAGCAUGUCCACAUGCUUUGCUUUCAGAUCAUCAAGGGACAAGGGGUCAUAAACUGCCGGAUCUUUGUUAUAUUUUGCGCGGCGGACCCUUAGCAACGCCACGCGCCGAGCAAUUUGUUCGAUUGGGUAGGCUAGGACUAAAAGUAGAGAAAGUAGCAACAAAAGAUUGCACCGAAAGCCCUGAUGCUAAAGAGAGGGGUGAAUUAGUGGAGCUGGAUCUUACACAUACCGGCCAUUCUUGGUCACUACCACCAAUUUCUAAACCUAAGCAUUUAUUCAAAAUGAACCGGUCUGAAUCUGAAUGGGCUUUUCAAAGAUUCCUUCAAGAAGCCUCUGCUGCAACCUUUGAUGACAAUACUUCUUCUAAUUCUCCAGCUGAUCAAACUGACGUUGUUCAAAUCGAGGAUCAUUGUAACAGCAAUAACAACGCUGCUAGUGAGAGUUGUAAUAAUAACAAUAAUAAUAAUUUUAAAGGGAAUGCCAUGUCGUUCACUAAUGGGAGCUGUGCUACUGUUGCAUCCUCCUUUCCUGCUCCGGCGAAUAUUCCGGUGGAAUCUGAGGAUUAUCAUGCGCUUUUGAAGAGUAAACUCAAUUUGGCUUGUGCUGCGGUUGCUUUGUCUCGGUUGUAUUGGUUUGAAAUUGAGUGGAGAAUUUGGUUUACAUGGGUGCCUAAUGGUUGGCAGUUAGCCUUGUCAAGUGGAACGUGGAAAUUCGAUAUGGAGGUUGGUAUAAGGGAAGUAGCACUAUGUUUGGAUAAAGCAAAUGCAAAGCCAUCCUUUCUAUUUUGCAUUCUUAAUUCUUGUUUAGAUUCUCCUGCUACGGCUGAAAGUGGAUCACAGGCUUCAAACGCUUCUCCUUUGGGAUCUCAUGCUCCUUCUAAAGGAGCUGGAUAUGAUUUAUUGAGGUCCCAAGAUAAAGAUGGAAAUGAGCCACUUGGAACUCUCUCCUUGCCUUCCAUGCUAAGAAAAUGUGCAGGCACUGUGAAGACAACAACUAGUGGAUCAUCCAGAGAACUGUCAGAUGACGAUGAAAAUGAAGCAGAAACUGAAUUAACUGAGAAUAUGCACCCUGCUGAUGCAAAGCGUGUGAGGAGAAUGCUUUCAAAUAGAGAGUCGGCUAGACGAUCAAGAAGAAGAAAGCAGGCCCAUUUGACUGAGCUUGAGACACAGGUUUCUCAAUUGAGGGUUGAAAAUUCUUCUCUACUGAAGCGCCUCACUGACAUAAGUCAGAAGUACAAUGAGUCAGCUGUUGACAACAGAGUUUUAAAAGCUGACGUUGAAACACUGAGAGCGAAGGUGAAGAUGACUGAAGAGACAGUCAAAAGAUUUACUGGGUCGAACCCUAUUUUCCAUGCCAUGCCUGAUUUAUCCAUAAUGAGUACACCAUCAUUUGAUGGAAGCCCCUCCGACACAUCAGCAGAUGCUGCUGUUCCUGUCCAGGACGAUCCAAAGCAUCACUUUUAUGAAGCUCCAAACAAUCCUAUAUCAACUCAUCACCCAAGGCCCAGAGUCAACAAUGUGUUGGCAGAUAUAUCUUCUGUUGAAAAUGUGCAGCCAAAUUCUGGAGCAGCAGCAGGAGUAUCGGGGAACAAGUUGGGGCGAACUGCUUCCUUGCAGCGAGUGGCUAGCUUGGAGCGUUUGCAGAAACGGAUUCGUGGGGGUGCAAGUCCUUGUGGACCUCAGUCUAAUGGGGAGCAGUAG